CGUCGUAGGAAAUAUCUCCGUCUCUAUCUUGUCUUGGUUGUUUUUUAUAAAUAACAGCUCUUUUUCAACCUUAGCAAUAAACUUUUUUCUCAUUAAGAAAAGAAAAGAAAAGAAAAGAAAGGGAAUGGCAACCGUCGGCGGUAUUAAAGAAGUGGAGGGAUUCGCUAACAGCGUUGAGAUCGAUGGCCUUGCUCGUUUCGCUGUUGAUGACUAUAACAAGAAACAGAAUGCAUUGUUGGAGUAUAAGAGAGUCGUGAAUGCUAAGCAGCAGGUGGUGGCUGGGACGAUAUACUAUAUUACUUUGGAGGUAGAGGAUGGUGGUCAAAAGAAAGUUUACGAAGCCAAGAUUUGGGAGAAGCCAUGGUUGAACUUUAAGGAUGUCCAGGAAUUCAAGCUUAUUGGGGAUGCCCCGACCCAGUCAACCCCGACAGAGUCUACCGCAUAGCUGGUAACUGAAGGAUAUGUGUAGGUUGCUUUGCUUGGAGUUGGUGCUCAAAAUAACAGCAGAUAAUAAUAUUUGACAGUAUUUUCCCCUGAUGCUAGUGGAAAUUGUAUUAUGUAUAUUUGAAUUCCUAUGUAAUCUUGAAUCAUUUAUAAACAAUGCAUAGUUAUGAAUGAUUACAGCUAUCUUAUCUGUGAUCUUUAUUCUCA